GACCAGGAGGGAUUUCACCAACCCUAGGGCAGCAUGGAGCAGUUCUUUUCCUGCCAUGGCCGAAGACUUCUCCAAGCCAGUUUGUGGAAGGAUGGCGUCCAUAUGAGGGCCUCCUCGGGACUCAGUGUGUUACGAAAGUCAGGGGCCUGUCAAGGGCCUUUGACCAGGACCUUUCCCAUCUGGUGGGCCCACUCUGGCUGCCUAGCUGGCUCUGCUCCCAGGCUUUUCAAGAACCACCUCCAGCGGUCAGAUAUCCCAAGCCGAUGGGCCUCAGGUGCCACAUAUAACUCGCCUCCCAGCUCUGAGUUUGUAGCCCGGUCAGUGGGUGUCUGCACCAUGAUGAGAUUGCCCUUGCAGAGCUCCCCUGAAGGGCUGGAUGCUGCAUUUGUGGGAGUUCCUCUAGAUAUUGGCACUUCCAACCGACCUGGGACAAGGUUUGGUCCUCGACGGAUCCGGGAGGAAUCUGUGUUGCUGAGGGCAGUUAACCCAAGCACGGGCGCUCUCCCCUUCCAGUCCAUCUCGGUGGCUGACAUUGGUGAUGUGGAUGUCAACCUGUACAACCUCUCAGACAGCUGCCGGCUCAUUCGAGAAGCCUAUCAGAGAAUUGCAGCGGCCAGCUGUAUUCCUCUUACCUUGGGAGGAGAUCACACAAUCACUUACCCCAUACUGCAGGUGUUGGCGGAAAAGCAUGGUCCUGUUGGGCUGUUGCAUGUCGAUGCCCACACAGAUACAGCUGACAAAGCCUUGGGAGAGAAGCUCUACCACGGGACCCCCUUUCGCCGCUGUGUAGAAGAAGGGCUCCUGGAUUGUAAACGAGUGGUGCAGAUAGGCAUCCGGGGACCUUCCAUGACCCUGAAUCCCUACAAAUACAAUCGAGACCAGGGCUUCCGUGUGGUCCUGGCUGAAGACUGCUGGCUGAAGUCUCUAGUUCCGUUGAUGGGGGAAGUGAGGCAGCAGAUGGGAGACAAACCUAUUUAUAUCAGCUUUGAUAUCGAUGCCUUGGAUCCAGCCUAUGCCCCAGGGACAGGGACUCCUGAGAUUGCUGGCCUCACACCGAGUCAAGCCUUGGAGAUUAUCCGUGGAUGUCAAGGCCUGAACGUAGUGGGCUGCGAUCUUGUGGAAGUCGCGCCUAUAUAUGAUCCUUCUGGAAACACAGCUCUCCUGGCAGCCAAUCUGCUGUUCGAGAUGCUGUGUGUUCUCCCCAAAGUGAAAACUGUCUAAGCUGUUCCUGGCCUUGGCGCUUCUCAAAGGGAAAUCUCCUUACAAGGGUGGACUGGCCACAGGGCAGACAAGUCUUAGGAAGAGUCUAUAGGCAAGUGGCCUAGCUGAAUCACCCAGAGGAUUACGUACACUGGACAAGUUUUUGCCAAACCAAAUAAUGAUUUUCUGCUAAAUGUGUCCUAAGUGUCUUGUCUGACUUAUAGAAAUGGAAAAAUAAAAUGAUCAUCAAUAUAAGCUAAUUCUUUUCCAAGGACAUAGUUACAAUUAAAUAGAAAUUAAACAGCCAAAAAAACCAUGCCCCAAACAAAAGCCUACCCUCCCGAGAACUAACCAGGAAUUCUGAUCACCCAUAGUAUCCUAGGAUGUCAGUGCUGAAAGGAGUGACACAGAACAUAUAGUAAAGAUGACUCUAUCAACAACUACUUGCACUAGGUAGUUAGGAAACUGGGAAUUUGCAAUUGUAUCUUGGACUUAAGACCUGGAGAAACGUCAGGCUUACAAGGAAAGGAAGGGUCACCCAUGAAAACUAGCUCACAUAGUGGGGUACAUCUGACCUCUGUGAUCAUGGCCAGUGGAGCCAGGAAAAUGUCAUGCCCACUCCAUUCUGCCCUCGUGCUCACUCACGGCCACUCUAUCACAGCCAUUGUGAUCUAGGCUGCCAUCAUUACAAUCCAAGAGCUGACCCACCAUCGUCACACAUUAAAAUAGUUUAUUUCAGUUUCCAGUCUGUAAGUCUUAAAACAAAAAUAACAUCAAUGCCUGUUCACAAUACAAAAAACAUAAAAAAAAGACAAUUUGCUAAAUAAGUUAUUUGUUGCUAAGAGUAUCAAAAGUGCAAAAUAUUCACCUUCUUUUCAGAGCUCUCUCUCAGGUAUGACCACUCCCUCUCCAGACUUGCAUUGAACUGACAGCCUGCCCACCCACCUGCCCAACAACUGUCGGAUGCUGCUGACUGUAGCCCAGUCAGACUGCUCUCAAGCAGGAACGUCAGGGUUUGGCUGUCAGCUAAAUUUCCCUUUGUUGCAAAGAUGCUUUGCUUCAGUUUCUGAGAAUUUUUACUAAAAAAUAAAAUAAAAUAAAAACAGGA